AUGUUCUUCCAUGUCUUUUCUCCAUUCAAAAUCAUUUGUCUUUCUUUCUUUCUUUCUUUCUUUCUUUCUUUUUUCUUUCUUUCAUCUUUUUAUUUUAUUCUAAUUUUUUAUGUUCUUCCAUGUCUUUUUCUCCAUUCAAAAUCAUUUGUCUUUCUUUCUUUUUUCUUUUCUUUCUUUUCUUUCUUCUUGAUAAUUUUAUUCUAUUCUAAUUUUAUGUUCUUCCAUGUCUUUUCUCCAUUCAAAAUCAUUUGUCUUUCUUUCUUUCUUUCUUUCUUUCUUUUUUUCUUUCUUUCUUUCUUCUUGAUAAUUUUAUUCUAUUCUAAUUUUUAUGUUCUUCCAUGUCUUUUCUCCAUUCAAAAUCAUUUGUCUUUCUUUCUUUUUUCUUUUUUCUUUCUUUUUUCUUUUCUUUCUUUCUUUCUUCUUCCAUGUUCUUCCAUGUCUUUUCUCCAUUCAAAAUUAUUUUUCUUUCUUUCUUUCUUUCUUUCUUUCUUUCUUUCUUUCUUCUUGAUAAUUUUAUUCUAUUAUAAUUUUUAUGUUCUUCCAUGUCUUUUCUCCAUUCAAAAUCAUUUAUCUUUCUUUCUUUCUUUUCUUUCUUUCUUUCUUCUUGAUAAUUUUAUUCUAUUAUAA